AUGGAUAUUGAGAACAUUUUUCCAACCAUAAAGGAUGCACACGCAUAUUUAAAGCACAGAAACUACGCCUCUGCACUCCAAGUAUACGUAGACAUUCUAAAUGAUGUAGAAGAGGACUCCGAGGAGUAUUCUCAUAUACUUUUGGAGUAUGCACAGUGUCUCGUUGAAAAUGUAAUGCAUCAAUCUGAAAUGAACUAUAAAAAGAUACUUCAGACAAGGAAUCCACAGGAUGAAGGAGAAAUAGAAGAAGACUUGGAGAAUUGCUGGGUCUGUCUUGAGACAUGUCGUCUUCAUUUCACUGAUCUGAAUAACCGAUCUAAGCUUGCAGAGGUAUACAAGGGAUUAGGCGAUGUCCUAUGUUUAAAGAACUGUUUUGAUGAGGGGAAGCUGGAGUACUUAAAGGCCAUUGAUAAUUGUGAUGAUGACUCAUUAACAGCGGAAAUUCUGGAAUGUAUAGCAGAAUGUUACAGAAAUAUGAAAAUGUACGAUGAUUCUAUUGGAUAUUACAAACAGGUGGUUGAAAUGUACACCAAGCUUGGAAUGAAUAAAGAAGCAGAAGAGUGCAUGAAUCUUAUUGAAGGUCUAACAACAUUGGCAAAUAGAGAAGAUGAGGAAUAUGAAAGUACUCAGGAUUCUGAUGCUGAGCCUGUAAAUAUUAACCAUUUGAAGAAGAGUAAAUUUAUGUGA